CACACAGACACACACACUCAUAUACACAAAACUCAACAUAAAACUGAACAGGAGCUAAACAUGUGAAAUGCUUUAUUUCUAACACUUUCAAACAUGGGCUGUAACUUCCUGUACAGGUCAAAGUGUUUGAGGAGCAACAUGGCUGCCAGUGAUGUCAUCCCUGAUGAGGAGUUCUGUGUCUCCUGGAACCUGGAACCUGGAACCUGGAACCUGGAACCUGGAGAAACUGAUCCUCACCCGGACGGUGGCUUGUAUCUGGAAGAAAGACCAGGAGACGCCGUAGAACAGGAUCCUGACUGUCAGACCAGCGGGGGGGAACCGGAUGAUGACUCAGCCUCACUGUCCAGGGAGUUCAGGGGUUUGCAUAACUCCUCUGUGCACCAUCGUGCGGAACCCUGAGAGGACUGACCAUGACUUUGGGAAUCGUUCCUGUUUCCUUCAUUGAGUUCAGGUUCCUGGGCUGAUGUCCUUCAUGAGGAGUUUCACAGACACUUCUUGGUUUACAGUCAAAGUGUCUGGAGGUUGUAGGAGUUGUGUAGCGUUGUCAUCUGCUGCCCGAGCACUGAGGACACAGUCUCAGGGAGAAGACAGGAGCACGGCUAACCCUGAUGCAUCAUUGAUGAAGUCACAUGUAGCCGUCCUCUCCUCGGUGUGAUGAACUCUGCGUCGUGUCUUAAUUCAGACGAUCAAACUUGCUUUUAAUAAAGGACUUUUAUUUCUUUCUUGCUCUCAGCCAAAAUAAAUACAAUGCCCACCCGCGACCAAUAGAGGGCGCCAAACACAUAUCAAACACUCAAUACAAUGAACCAAUAAUAAACAAAAGCAGAAGGAUUUUUGGAUGCAUGCACUAUUAGUUAUCACUACUAUCACUGUUAUUCUAAUACCUGCUACACAUACACACUGCACGCUCAGUCGGCAGAAUGAAAUCUCUGUGGAGCUACAAACACACACACACUCAAAACUCGUUUUCCGCUUGUGUUUGAGGUUUUGUUGACGUAGAGUUUUUUGCCCUCGGCUGAUCCAACCCUCUCUUGUCAAAAUCCUUGUCAUCGUUUCAUGGUUGUUGUGUGUCAUUGGGUCGUGUGUCAUUGUGUGUCGCUGUGUGUUGCAUUGUGGUUGUAGGUAGUGUUGUUGUGGUUGUGUAUGGUGUUGUUGUGAUGGUGGAUGGUGUUGUUGGGGUUGUUGAUGGUGUUGUUUUGGUUGUAGAUGUUGUGGUUGUGGUUGUUGAUGGUUUUGUUGUGGUUGUAGAUGUUGGGGUUGUGGUUGUUGAUGGUUUUGUUGUGGUUGUAGAUGGUGUUGUUGUGGCUGUUGAUGGUGUUGUUCUGGAUGUUGAGGGGGUUGUGGUUGUAGGUAGUGUUUCUGUGGUUGUGUAUGGUGUUGGUGUAGUUAAAGAUGUUGUUGUUGUGGUUGUAGAUGUUGUUGUUGGGGUUGUUGAUGGUUUUGUUGUGGCUGUUGAUGGUGCUGCACUCACUGUGUCAGCAGCACUGACAUCCAGUGUUAAACCAGGAUCCACUUGUUAAAGUCCUGGUUCCAGGGGGGUCCACCUCAGUCGGCCUCUGAAUAAAACAUCUCAGGAGAGACCAGAAACUGCUCAGAUUGUCAAAAUAAAAUAUAAAAAAUGUUUUUAUCUAAUUUCAUCAACACUGAACCUUUGUGUUUUGUAUAUACAAUUAUUAUGGAGAAAAUAUCUAUAUAUAUAUAAAACGAGUGAGCUCUGUGUUUGUUCUCCAACCAGAUGACGUCAGUGUGUUUGUAAACAACAAACAGCUGAAGAUCGAUCCAUCUGUGUUUGAUUACUCUGGCCUGCGCUGCUGUUUCUGUGAUCGUCUCGUGCUGCCUGCAGUAUCCCACAAUGCUUUGCGCUCCAACAGUUGCCAGUCAUUGUGAAGUUAGCCCGAGGAGUGGAAUCAGACACGAUGAAGGAGACAGCGGCCAAGAAGAGAGACAAGGCGGGAGGCCGGGACCUCAGAGCCGGGCAGCCGAAGGCUCCCGAGCCCCAGGACGUGGAGAUGCCGGAGGAGGAGCUCACCGGCCCGGCCAAAGUCAAGGAGCAGGACGGCCUGACCCUGGAGGACAUUAAGGAGCAUGUGAAGCAGAUCGAGAAGGCGGUGUCGGGGAAGGAGCCUCGGUUCGUCCUGCGCGCCCUGCGAGCGUUACCGUCCACCAGCCGCCGCCUCAACACCACCGUGGUGCACAAAGCCGUGUGCGGCUUCUUCACCAACAACGCGGCCACCAGAGACUUCCUGCUGGGCUUCCUGGAGGAGCCGAUGGAGAUGGCCGAAGGCGACGUGCAGUUCCGGCCGAGGACGGGUAAAGCAGCGUCUGCUUCGCUGCUGCCGGAGGUGGAGGCGUACCUGCAGCUGCUGCUGGUGGUUCAUCUGACCAACAACAAGAGAUACGUGGAGGCUCAGAAGGUGUCAGACGACCUGCUGCAGAAGAUCGGCUCGAAGAACCGCAGAGCUCUGGAUCUGGUCGCUGCUAAGUGUUAUUAUUAUCAUGCCAGAGUAUACGAGUUCCUCAAGAAGUUUGACGCCAUACGCAGUUUCCUCCACACUCGCCUGCGGACGGCGACUCUGCGCCACGACGCCGACGGCCAGGCGGUGCUCCUCAACCUGCUGCUGAGGAACUACCUUCACUUCAACCUGUACGACCAGGCCGAGAAGCUGGUGUCCAAGUCGGUGUUUCCUGAACUCGCCAACAACAACGAGUGGGCCCGAUACCUGUACUACACAGGUCGUAUCAAGGCGAUUCAGUUGGAGUACUCGGAGGCUCGCAGGACUCUGACCAACGCUCUGAGGAAAGCUCCCCAGCACACGGCGGUGGGAUUCAAACAGACGGUCCACAAGCUGCUGAUCGUGGUGGAGCUGCUGCUGGGAGAGAUCCCUGACAGACUUCAGUUCAGACAACCUUCCCUCAAGAGAUCCCUGAUGCCCUACUUCCUGCUGACUCAGGCUGUGAGAACAGGAAACCUGGCGAAGUUCAACCAGGUGUUGGAUGAGUUUGGGGAGAAGUUCCAGACGGACGGGACGUACACUCUGAUCAUCCGCCUGAGACACAACGUCAUUAAGACCGGUGUACGUAUGAUCAGCUUGUCGUACUCUCGUAUCUCCCUGGCCGACAUCGCUCUGAAGCUGCAGCUCGACAGUCCUGAGGACGCAGAGUUCAUCGUCGCCAAGGCGAUCCGUGACGGCGUGAUCGAGGCGAGCAUCAACCACGAGAAAGGUUUUGUCCAAUCAAAAGAGACCAUGGACAUCUACGGCACCAGAGAGCCUCAGCUGGCAUUUCACCAGAGAAUCUCCUUCUGUCUGGAUAUACACAACAUGUCUGUGAAGGCCAUGAGGUUUCCUCCCAAAGCUUACAACAAAGACCUGGAGUCAGCCGAGGAGCGUCGGGAACGGGAGCAGCAGGACCUGGAGUUUGCAAAAGAAAUGGCUGAGGACGAUGACGACAGUUUCCCGUGACCUUGUUAAACGCACUUCCUGUGCAGACAGGAAGAAGUUCUGUGUGUUGGCAGCACACUGAUGUUAGUCGAUCAUUUAUAACCCACAAUGCCCCUCUCCUCUCUUUUCUCUCUGGUGUGUAUUCUGCUGUUAUGCUUGAACUUUAACUUUUGUGUUUUUUUUCUCUCACUGAGAUGAAUAAAAGAAACUUUGACUUCA